AUGACCGAUGUGAUUAGCCUGCUCACGUUUCCAGACACAUCCAAGGCAUUCACGACCUACCGGUCCACAGUAGUCGAUGUUGACGAUCGGUCGGCAUCUCGUCCACGCAAAACCCCACGCUUGGACGCCGACUCUGACUCUGGUUCAGCUUCCAGGUCGCGCGACAGUCAUAAAGGCAAGAACGUUGACAGAGCUGGCCCAGUAAAGAUCCAGGUCCAUGGUUUCGCAGGCGGUGUGGUCGGGGCUGCGCUGAACAGGGUUCAUGAUAACUUGUUUGUGCGGUUAUCACGCAGUAUCAGGGCGCUCUUGGAGAAGGGAUCUGAUGAACUCAGUACGACGUAUGAGGGUGUCUUCACUGCAUGCCGGGGCGUCGUGUGUGUUGCUGGGAGGGGUGAGGGCUUGUAUGAGAUGUUGAAAGCUGAGAUCCAUAAAUGCGUCAAUCGGCUGGCGGAAGAACUUGAGAAAACCAACAAGGAUGGUGUGGAGUGGAUCGGACAAUUCGUCGAGACGUGUGCGUGGUUCGAAGGGCAAGUAGCGCUCCUGGAAUCACUCCUGACCUACCUCGAUCGUGCUUAUGUGCUGAAGAAUCCUGGUCUUCCGUCUAUUCGCGACCUCGCAUUUACACGUUUCAGAGAGCGCAUAUUCAGCGGUUAUUUCAUCGUCGACAAGCUUCAGAAAGGAAUCUCCGUAUGGGUGACAUGGGAGAGGAACGAGGGACAAGUACACAUCCACCGCCACUUCCUCAAAGCGCUCGUCUCCCACCUCAUAACGCACCACGUAUACGACGUCAUCUUCGAGCGACACUUCGUCGAGCAGACUCUCGAGUACUUCUCAAAAGAGUCAUAUCAGAUGGUCGAGGUGGAGAAAGCACACGCGAAGGUGUUCCUUGCGCACUGCACCCAGCGGACGAAUGAGGAGCAGGGUAGAGCAAGGGAUGUGAUGCUUGAUGGUACGGUCGUGCUUGUGAAGGAUACCGCUAUUCGGGCGCUGUUCGAGGGGAGACUGGAGUGGAUGGCUAAAGAAGUCGUUGGAACGUUCAUGGCGAGCAAGGGGACGAAUGAACUCAAAAAGGCGUAUGUGCUGUUUUCAACGGUAGACGGCCUGCCCGUGCUUUGCCGGGAGUUCAAGGCUUAUGUCCAGAAAACAGUACAAGAUAUCGUGAAGGAUACAUCCAAAGACGACGAGAUGGUUAGCCGGCUUCUCGAAUUCAAGUCCUUUGCGGACACAACACUUAAGGAAGCAUUCGUCGAUCCCUCCACGAAGCAAAAUAAUCAAGACUUUUCCUACGGGCUCAUCGAUGCAUUCACUAAGGGGUUCAAGGCGCGGCGCAAUAAGCCUGCUGAGCAGAUCGCGAAGCACGUCGAUAGACUCAUGCGUCAUGGACAGCGGGGCAUGUCAGACACUGCGUUCGAGGCGCUGUUGGAUGCUGCUCUUGCUCUAUAUAGGUUCACGGAUGACAAGGAUGUGUUCAGGACAUUUUAUCAUCGGGCGCUGGCGAAGAGGUUGUUGCUUGAACGGAGCGCGUCUGAUGAUUUUGAGAAGGCCAUGCUCAAGAAACUCAAAGAGAAGUAUGAUCCGGAGUUUGGGAUGGGAGAUCAUAUGUUCAACGACCUUGCAUUGUCGCGAGAUACCAUGCGGGAGUACCACGCUCGUAUCAGGGACGAUAGUUCCGCGCAGAAACUCUCUGUCAUGGUGUUGCAGCGCAGUGUCUGGCCGUUCGGUGCGCGAGAGAAAGAUGUGGACUUGCCUCCCUCGAUGCAAGCAGACCUGAACAGUUAUACGACUUUUUACAAGAUCAAACAUCAGGGGCAUAAACUCGAUUGGGACCAUUCACUUGGGAAUGCUACGGUGAAGGCGCGGUUUGCAGCUGGUCCUAAAGACCUUACGGUCAGCCUAUACCAAGCUGUCGUGCUGCUUCUCUUCAACGAGGAGACAGAGAUAGGGUACAGACAGAUUUCAGAGGAGACGCGUAUGGACGAUGGGGAUCUGAAGAGGACGUUGCAGAGUCUGGCGUGCGCGAAUAAGAAGGUACUGAAGAAGCGGCCGGCAGGGAAGGACGUGAACAAUAACGACGUGUUUUACUUCAAUGCGGAAUUCACUGAUCCGCGGGCGAAGGUGCACAUCAACUCUAUUCAGGCAAAGGAAACGGUUGAGGAAAACCAGCGGACUCAGUCGCACAUUGAGGGAGACAGGAAGCACUAUUUGGAUGCUGCAAUUGUGCGAAUUAUGAAAGCGAAGAAAGAGCUUUCACAUGAGCAGUUGAAGAAUGAGACGAUUGAUGCAGUGAAGAGUCAUUUUGUGCCGGAGGUGAGCGUUAUCAAGCUCCGGAUUGACGGGCUUGUCGAGCAGGAGUACUUGAGACGGGAUGAGGAUGAUAAGAAUUUGUAUAUUUACGUAGCGUAG